CAGCGGAGCGGAGCUGGCCUCUCAAGCCCAGGCCGGGAUCGCAUCUGUCUCCAGGCGCUUAGGAUACCUGUAGCUGCCCGGCCAUGCUCUGGGCAUCCACCAUUUCCGCUGUGCCUGCAACCCUGUCUCCCCCUAGCCCUCCCAGCAACAGCAGCCAGGAGCAGCCGCUGGAUUCCCGAGACCCACUGCUCGCACAGGCGGAACUGGCCCUGCUCUCCACGGUCUUUGUGGCUGUGGCCUUGGGCAAUGGCCUGGUGUUGGGGGCCCUGGUACGGCGUGGCCGGCGUGGCCGCUGGGCGCCCAUGCAUGUCUUCAUUGGUCACUUGUGUCUCGCUGACCUGGCCGUGGCUCUGUUUCAAGUGCUGCCCCAGCUAGCCUGGGAUGCCACUGACCGUUUCCAAGGGCCUGAUGCCCUGUGCCGGGCCGUCAAGUACCUGCAGAUGGUGGGCAUGUACGCUUCCUCCUACAUGAUCCUGGCUAUGACGCUAGACCGCCACCGUGCCAUCUGCCGCCCCAUGGUGGCAUACCGCCAUGGCGGAGGGGCUCGCUGGAACCGGCCAGUGCUGGUGGCCUGGGCCUUCUCCCUCCUUCUCAGCCUGCCGCAGCUCUUCAUCUUUGCCCAGCGUGAUGUGGGGGACGGCACCGGGGUGUUCGACUGCUGGGCGCGCUUUGCAGAGCCCUGGGGCCUUCGCGCCUACGUCACCUGGAUAGCACUGAUGGUGUUCGUGGCACCUGCCCUGGGUAUCGCCGCCUGCCAGGUCCUCAUCUUCAGGGAGAUCCAUGCCAGUUUGGUGCCAGGGCCAUCGGAGAGGGCUGGGGGGCGCCGCAGAGGGCACCGAACCAGCAGUCCCAGCGAGGGAGCCCGAGUGUCGGCAGCGAUGGCCAAGACCGUGAGGAUGACCCUGGUGAUUGUGAUUGUUUAUGUGCUGUGCUGGGCGCCCUUCUUCCUUGUGCAGCUGUGGGCAGCGUGGGACCCGGAGGCUCCUCGGGAAGGGCCCCCCUUCGUGCUGCUCAUGUUGCUGGCCAGCCUCAACAGCUGCACCAACCCCUGGAUCUAUGCGUCCUUCAGCAGCAGCAUUUCCUCGGAGCUGCGCAGCUUGCUCGGCUGCGCCCGGAGCCGCACCCCAUUCAGCCUGGGACCCCAAGAGGAGUCUUGUGCCACUGCCAGCUCCUCCUUGGCCAAGGAUACCUCAUCCUGAGCCACUGUGGGCUCCUUCCUUCCAAAGUCUCCUUGCACUUCAGAAGCUGCCUCUCUGACACCAGUUCCAGGAGCCACAGGGACAAGGCGACCCCCAGCAGAGAGCUGGCUGCAGCCUGGGGCCCUGGGCAAAAGCG